GGGAGACACUUGAAGCCACCCAAAUUCCCCCUGCUUCUUCUUCUUCCACAAUUUCAAAAUCACAGACUCUCCUGCAACUGCGAUCUUCUUCGACUUCUCCACCACCAGAAAUGGCAGCUCGCUACAGCUCUUACGAUUCUAGAUCAUCGGUAUCUUCGUCGGUCCACUCAGAUCUAUCUUCCUCCGCUGAUUUGAAACCGAAGAAGCCAUCUUCAUCCAAGGCCAUUGUCAGAUCCAAACCUUCCUACUUAACCAAAACAGCUAAAACCGCCAAGCCUGAAAAUCCUGGAAACCUCACUUGUAUGAUGAAGAAACUGAUGGAGAUGAAGAAAUCUAACUCCAGGAGCAAAAGGGUCGAGCUUGUGAUUCCCGAGGAACUGAAGAAAAUUGAAACUGUGAAAGGAGGAGGAGGAGGAGGAAAGGGCACAUUGGGAACACUUCAGAGGAAGCUGUUCGGGAAGGAGAAGGUGAAGCCUUUGACAGAGGUCAAAGGGAACACCAGGACCCUGUCUAUGGUUCUGCGGAGCGAGAGGGAGCUUCUGGGCAUGAACAAGGACCAGGAGAUGGAGAUUUCUGAGCUUAAGUUUCAGCUUGAAGAGAAGAACCGAGAGGUGGAGAAGUUGAAGGAUCUAUGUUUGAAGCAACGAGAGGAGAUAAAGUCGCUGAAGAGUGCAGUUCUGUUUCCAGAUGCGAUGAACAGCGAGAUGCAGGAGCUGAAUCAGGCAAGGCAGAUCAUCCCUAACCUUCAAAAGCAGGUCCUUUCACUCAAUGGCCAGCUCCAAUGCAUUGCUCAAGACCUUGCUGAGGUGAAGGCGAACAAGUACUUGUCAGAUAGCAGUUACUGGCAAGCACAGACGUCUUCCUGUGAUUCACUGGAAUUUAGCUCAGGAAGCCCUGAUGGAUUGGCUCUGGAAGAUCUGAAUCCAUGCCUAACCCCUUAUGCUAAGACGAAGCCCAAGGAGUUUGAGAGGGUGGAUUCAGCAGAAGAGAGCUUGUCAGGGAGAAGCACUGUAACAACAACAGGAGGUAAAUUCAAAUCGAGUUCGAAAAGUGUAAAGCUGUCAAGGAGCUCAGAGGGAAAGGCAGGACGGAGAUCAGAGGAGAGCAAAGGAUGGUAUAGUGGUGGGAGAAUGUUUUGAGGUAAAAGAAAAAGUGUCUCAAAAAGGAAAAGCUUGCUCCAAAUAUUUCCACUUGAUAUGUUAUGCAUAUUGCUCUCAAUCUCAGAGGGUAGUGUGAUUUUGGUAGAACCGUGAGGAUCCAUGAUCCAAGGUUGAGUUGAACAAGUUAAUAAGUGUUUAUGUGUAAAAAAAAUAGAAGCCAUUUAAAAUAAGGUAAUGUUAUAGUAGGUGAAGUGAAAGCAGAUCUGAUUCCUUUGCUGCAAACCCCCUCUUCUCAAAUGAUGACCUCAUGAUAAAAUCAUCAUUAGCA